GAGUGGGCUACGUGAGACUCUACAAAAAACAACAAAAAGAUAGGAAGGAAGACAUGUAGCACCCUAUGGCCAUAGAAGGAGCCUCCCCACCAAGCUCACCCAGUUCUUAGAAAUGAGACCAAACCCGGCCUUUAUAGUAAAGGAUUCAAACCGUGAAAAUGAUGACCAGUCAGAAGUCACUGUGGGUGCUGCUGUUUAUAGUUAUCUUCUGGGUCUCUUUUACAGUUUUCAGAAACCCAUCGGAGAUAUGGGCUACGUUCAAGUUGCCUGUGUCCUUCAGUCGCUGGAACUUGGUCGUGAAAUCCUCGUGCCCGACAGUGCCUCUGAGCCCACCGGUUCCACUAAAAGAGACAGAGAUGAGAGUCAAGGAGGUCCUAGAGAAACUAGACAAACAGAUCCCUCCCAGACCUUUUACCCAUUUCAACACCACCACCAGCGCCACACACAGCAAAGCCACCAUCCUCAACCCUCGAGACACAUAUUGCAUGGGGGACAAACUGGAUGUGCUGUUGGAAGCUAGGGACCACCUGGGACACAGGAAGCAGUAUGGUGGGGACUUCCUGAGGGCCAGGAUGUCCUCUCCAGCCCUGAAGGCCGGCGCUUCUGGAAAGGUGACAGACUUCAACAACGGCACCUACCUUGUCAGCUUCACUCUGUUCUGGGAAGGCCCCGUCUCCCUGUCUAUUCUUCUCAUGCAUCCCAGUGAAGGGGUGUCAGCUCUCUGGAGGGCUCGGAAACAGGGCUAUGACAGAAUCAUCUUCACUGGCAUGUUUGUCAGCGGAACCUCUCAGGUCCACACUGAUUGUGCCUUUGUUCUGAACUCAAGUGUGGAGCUAUGCCAAUAUCUGGACGCCCAGGACCAAGAAGCUUUCUAUUGUGUGAAGCCUCCAAAUGUUCCCUGUGCUGCCCUCACCCAUAUGCAUUCAAAGAACAAGCAAGUUUCCUAUCUUAGGCAGCAAGAGAAGAGGCUCUUUGAAAGGUCAAAUAUAGGUGUGGAGAUUAUGGGAAAAUCCAAUGUGAUUAGUGUCUCCAAAUGCAACAAAGAGGCUGCUGCAGCAAAAGAGAGAUGCAAGUUCGGGAUGGUAUCCGGGAUCCCCAGUGGGCAUGUCUGGAGAAACACAUGGAAUCCAGCCUCCUGUAGUUUGGCUCCAAUCAAAAUGAAAGACUGCCUGAGAGGAAAGUUUAUCCACCUAAUGGGUGAUUCCACAGUCCGCCAGUGGAUGGAAUACUUCAAAAGCAAAAUGGACACACUGAGGUCUGUGGAUCUGCAUGAGAUUGGAAAACUGCAACACCAACUCGCCGUGGAUUUGGAUGAAAAAAUCAGCAUCCAGUGGCAAAAGCAUGGCUACCCCCUUAUUGGAUCACAGGUGUACUCUGUCAAAGAGAUAGAGAACAUUGCGCGGAUAAUUGACAGGACUGGAGGAGAGAAAAAUACAGUCAUCGUCAUUUCUCUGGGUCAGCAUUUCAGACCUUAUCCCAUUGACCUUUUCAUCCGAAGGGCCCUCAAUGUCCGCAAAGCUCUUCAGCGACUUCUCCUGAGAAGCCCAGACACUGUGGUUGUCCUCAAAACAGAAAACAUCAGGGAGAUGACCAGUGAUGUGGAAAGACUUAGUGACUUCCAUGGUUACACCCAGUAUCUUGCCUUAAAGGAUAUUUUCCAGGGUCUCAAUGUGGGUGUCAUUGAUGCCUGGGAUAUGACGAUUGCAUUUGGAACAAAUGAUGUCCAUCCACCACAGCAUGUGGUCGGAAGUCAAAUUAAUAUAUUCUUAAACUAUAUUUGCUAGGAAGCACAUAACUCUGAAAGUCACUCAUUGAGAUUCAAAGAUACAAUGUAUCCUGCUGGCGUGCCAGGAUGUCCCAGUUAGUCCAGUGAGGUAGUCUGCACUGUGGUCCAUGUGACCCACCCAGUUCAGCCUACAAGGGCCCAGACUGGGCUUUUGCUUCAAGUUGAAGCUCAAAAGAGUCAAUGAAAGGUCCUACCUUUUUUGGUCGGAGCCACACUGCUUUUCAUCAAUUGGAAGUUAGGACUCCUGGGUGUGAGACCUUUUCCCUGCUGCUGCGAGUUCAGAAAAAUGAAGCAAUUUUGCAUAAAAAUCUUAACCGGUCUUUGAUUAAAUCUGUAAAUAUGUUUGUUGAGAAUUUUUACAUCCAUGUUUAUCAGGGAAAUUGAGCUGUACCUUUUUCUUGGUCAUGUCUCCAAGUUUGAAAUCAGGGCAAUAUAGACUUCAAAGAA